AUGGCGAUCCAGGGAAUGGAGCUUUGCGCUGUGGCCGUGGUCAUUAUCCUCUUCAUCGCUGUCCUCAAACAGUUCGGGAUCCUGGAACCCAUGUCCAUGGAAGACAGCAGCGACAGUGAGUUGGAGCUCUCAACUAUCCGGCAUCAACCCGAAGGACUAGACCAGCUCCAACUUCUAACCAAAUUCACCAAAAAGGAGCUGCAGUCCCUCUAUAGAGGUUUCAAGAACGAAUGUCCCAGUGGCCUGGUGGAUGAAGAGACCUUCAAGCUCAUCUAUGCCCAAUUCUUCCCCCAGGGAGAUGCCACCAUGUAUGCCCACUUCCUGUUCAACGCCUUUGACAUGGACCGGAAUGGAGCCAUCCGAUUUGAAGACUUUGUCAUCGGCCUGUCCAUUUUGCUGCGUGGCACGGUGCAUGAGAAACUCAGCUGGGCAUUUAACCUCUAUGACAUCAACAAGGACGGCUAUAUCACCAAGGAGGAGAUGUUGGCAAUAAUGAAAUCCAUCUAUGACAUGAUGGGCCGCUAUACCUACCCGAGCCUGCGGGAAGAUGCUCCUAUCGAGCACGUGGAAAAGUUCUUCCAGAAAAUGGACAAGAAUCAGGAUGGCGUAGUCACAAUCGAAGAGUUCUUAGAGACUUGUCAAAAGGAUGAAAACAUCAUGAGCUCCAUGCAGCUGUUUGAAAAUGUCAUUUAGGACGCUCAGGUUCCUGCCUGUUUUUUCCUGAUCCAUCUGCCUCCUUGGCCUGCACUUAACUGUAGACGGACCCCCUCCGUCUUUCUUGUGAAGCACACGUCUUUUGGAGAAACACCAACCAACCAAAAACUCUUUUUAUAUCUGACGAAGGGAAGGGGGGUGAAGACAAAAGAGAGAGCAAGGGAUGUGGCUGGCUGACAAAACUCCCGGAUUUUCCUGAUGGCAGCAUCCGGGAACAGGAGGGAGGAAGGAGAGGAAGGGGUUGGGGGGAUCUGGGCCCCGUCUUGGCAUGUCUUCUUGGCUCAGGGAGAGGGAUUUCCAGCAGUGUGGUGGGUUUUUUUCUAAAGAGUAAAAGAUUGUCCUGCUCCUCAUUUACUGAACUGUAAUCCUCAAACAUCAGACCUUUCAUGACUUGAAGAAAACGAUUAAAAUUUUC